GGCACAUGGUCUUGCGAAUCCUUUGAACGUGCGAGGUCAGAAUGUCAGAAAGUGGCACAGGCUUUGCUAGUCCACGGCGUAGAUAUUCACGCCAGAACAGACAGCAUGGGCAAUGCUUUGCAUCUCGCAUCGUUUCUGGGUCAUGAAAAUACAGUCCAGCUUCUGAUAGAGCGUGGUGCCGAUGUAAACUCCGUGGAUGGCUGCUUUGAAACUCCUCUUCUAGCAGCCAUCGCUGGGAAUCGCAGAGAGGCGGUUGAAAUAUUGCUGAGCAAUGGGGCCGAUGUCAACUACUGCUCUGUCGAACACGGUAGCGCUUUGCACAUCGGACGUGGAGUUGCGUCUCGGGAAGUAGUUGAAUUGCUCAUGCAGCAUGGGGCAUGUUAG